GACAGUGUGUAGCACAAGGUCAUUGCGGUUUCGUAUUUUUCUCCGAUCUCAGCCUGUAAACGUUUCUUAAUUCACAUAUGCUAAUUGUUAACAAACAAAUCACGCUAACAACUCCACCAUAAAUUCAUCUCUAACAUGUUGAUUGGUCUGCGUCGCCUGGAAGUAAAUCAUCUCUUACAGCCUUCACAUUCUCUCAAAAUGUAUGGUUAUGACCUACUGUUCUAAACUGAAUUCCGGCUGAAAAAUACGGCAAAAAGUAUUUCCAAGACUCCUGAGCAUCUCAAGAGUUUGCCAUCUUCUGCAGCAUGUUUCAGCGUAGUGUAACGCUUGCGAAGCAUGUGUGCCAGAGUGCCGUCAUUGCCGAACAUUGCUGCCUGCUUAACUUUCGCAUUUCUGGUAAACUCAAGUAUUAUCAAUGCAUCCAGCAUGUAGAGUAUCAAUGUGUGAGAAGAUUCUCAGAAAUAGUUGACAAAAAGAACCUGAAUGUGAAUGAAGUAAAGAAAGUCAAUGUUGACCAAAAGGAGAAUCAUACUGCUAUUAUAGAUGUAAUUGCGCCAAAACUAAGGGAAGAUGCUAAAGCUGCUGGCCAAGGGCAGAAUUUGAAAACAACUGCAGAAGAUCAGAAACUGUUGAAGGAUGUGACUGAAAAAAGAUUAGAUGCUCCUUCUACCGUAAAUAUGAGUCCUCCAGCAGCAGGAAUUGCUGAUAAUAUCAUGAAGGAGCCAAUAAAGAAACUCAAAGAAAAGAUUCUCCCUAAAAAGAACAUAGAUGAGAUAAAAACCAUUGAGUUAGAUGUGGUAGGAACACCGCAAGCCAAAAAACGCAAACGAGUGGAUUUCACCGCUUCAAGUCUUGAACGAAAUUUCAUCACACCAGUGAGAGCAAUGUCCGAUUUCCUCCUGAAACCAUCCGAUUUGGAAGCUCUUCCUAAGACAAAACGACGCUCGCCAUAUGAAUCCGAACCACCCAUCACCGUAUACUGGCGUAAAGAUGUCGAAGCGAAAGCAUUAGACGUCUGGGGUUCGAAAGAUCUUCUUUUGAAGGAGGUUAUCAAGCGAGAUAUUGAACGGAAGAAGUAUCAACAGAAUAUUUUUACUGUUAAGCGACGAUUGAGGGAUUACCGAAGGGAGAUGGGCAAGUUUACAGAAGUCAGUGUGGAGAACGAGAGUGGAUUGAUGGGUAGAAGUGGGAAAGUGGUUUUAAUGGCUGUUGGAAUUAAUAUGACGAACUUUUUGUUCAAACUUGGAGCUUGGAUCUUGACAGGGUCGCAUUCGUUGUUCUCGGAGUGUAUCCAUUCUCUUGCUGAUACUAUUAAUCAAGUGAUAUUGGCGUAUGGUAUACACAAAUCAGUUCAGAUAGCAGAUUCUACGCAUCCUUAUGGAUACACCAACAUGAGAUACGUCGCCUCAUUGAUUUCAGGCGUUGGUAUUUUUUGUGUGGGCACUGGAUUAUCAGUUUAUCAUGGAAUUUCCGGUUUGAUUGAUCCUCAACCAAUGGAAGAUCUCUUUUGGGGUUAUUGUAUCUUGGGUGGUUCUUUAAUUUCUGAAGGUGCAACCUGGUAUGUCGCCUUUAUGUCUAUCCGUAAAGGCGCAAUUGAAUGUAAAAUGUCCAUCCGAGACUACAUAUUUAGAGGACAGGAUCCAAGCGUGAAUGUAGUUCUCCUCGAAGAUGCCGCAGCUGUUAUUGGUGUAACUGUCGCCGCGACAUGCAUGGGUCUCUCUUCAUACUUAAAUAGUCCAAUACCCGACGCAUGUGGGUCACUAUUAAUCGGUGGUAUUCUCGGCACUGUUGCUUCUUUUAUAAUUUACACAAAUGUGGCGGCGCUUGUUGGCCGGUCGAUACCCGAAGAGAAUUUAGACAAGAUCAACGCUGAACUUGAAGCGGAUGUGAUGAUUCGCGCGAUUCAUGAUGUGAAGGGUAUUGAUAUGGGGAACUAUCUGGUGAGGUACAAGGCUGAGAUGGAUUUUGAUGGCAGGGAGCUAACGAGGGCUUACCUGGAUAAGCAAGACUUGAACAGUUUAUUAGAGGAGGUGCAUAAGUUUGAAAAUAUUGAUCAACUGGAAGAGUUUAUGUUGAAACAUGGUGAAAGCAUCGUGGAUAUGAUGGGAGGUGAAAUAGAUCGGAUUGAAAUGAAAUUAAGGAAGAAGCAUCCAGAAAUUAGGCACUGUGACCUGGAGAUAUUAUAAACUCUAAUUGUCUGUCUAGUCGAGGACAAUAAUGUGUAUAUUCGUGACAAUUUCGAUUUCUUAAGAAGCGCGGCUUUUCCAUUUGUUACGUUAGCGAAUUUACGAAAUUUCUUUUGUUUUAUAGUUUUUAGGUAACCUACAAGUACGAGUUAGGGUGUACAUUGAUACAUUAAUAACAUUGUGAUCCUUCUUUUAAGCUAAUAGCGAAAUGUUGUAUCCUAAGUGAUGAAAAAAAAAUGAGAGAAAACGGAGCAAAAUUUAUUUAUUUAUACUGAAAUAUAUUUUGAUCAAAUAUUGUA